UCCCGGUCCUUCUCCUUCUCCUCCUCCCUGUCACACCUCGGUGGUUCCCCUUCCCCCUGGAAAUCAGUGCAGAUCUCUCCCGGCCUGGUCAGACAGCAGCCCUCGCCAUGUCGUACGGGCCCCUAGACAUGUACCGGGCGCCGGGGCCUUCGGCCCCGCAGGGCUCCCAUCCCCGGGACUUUGGCACCAUCUUCAAUAUUUGCUGCGGCAACAUCCAGAAGAUCAGCCAUGCGACUGCUCAGAUCAAGAAUUUGAUGAUCCAGCUGGGAACUAAGCAAGAUUCCAGCAAACUGCAGGAAAAUCUACAACAACUGCAACAUUCUACAAAUCAGCUCGCUAAGGAGACAAAUGAAUGCCUGAAAGAGUUGGGAUCAUUGCCAUUCCCCUUGUCUGCUUCAGAACAGCGCCUACAGAGACUUCAGAAGGAGCGUUUGAUGACUGACUUCUCUGUAGCUUUAAACAGCUUUCAGGCCGUUCAGAGAAAAGUGUCCGAGAAAGAAAAGGAGACUGUUGCCCGAGCAAGAGCAGGAUCUCGACUUUCUGCGGAUGAGAGGCAGAGAGAGGAGCAGCUCGUCUCUUUUGACAGCAAUGAAGACUGGAAUCAGAUGCAGUCACAGGAAGAUGAGGUGGCCAUUACAGAGCAAGACCUUGAACUUAUUAAAGAGAGAGAAACUGCAAUCAGACAGCUGGAGGCUGAUAUUUUGGACGUCAAUCAGAUAUUUAAAGAUUUGGCCAUGAUGAUUCAUGAUCAGGGAGAUUUGAUUGAUAGUAUAGAAGCCAAUGUGGAGAGCUCUGAGGUGCAUGUUGAAAGAGCCACAGAUCAGCUGCAGCGAGCUGCCUACUAUCAGAAAAAAUCCCGGAAGAAGAUCUGUAUCCUGGUACUUGUGCUUGCAGUGGCUAUAGGAAUCUUGAUAUUCAUUAUCGUGUGGUUAUCCAAAUGAAGUGACCGCUUCCCUCAGAGUCCGCUCUUUUUGUUCAACUUCCAAGCAAGAGCGUGUUGGCGUCUCCAGAGCAAACUGGACCCCUUGAGAGAGCAUCCCUGAGCUCCCUGUUAGUAAUCUAGGUAGAAACUAACCGCUGGUGACUAGGACUUGGGGCUGUGUUUGUCAGUUUAUGUACAAAUUGUAUUGGUUUUGCAAAUUAGGAAUUAACUUAUGUGGGUUUUUGCUUUCUUUUGUAUUCUUUGAUUGCUCUCUGUCCCAAGUGUCUGUUGAUGAGUGAGUGAGUGAGUGAGAGAGUCCUCAGAGAUUCCAUUCUUGAAGUUCUUGUUUAACAGGUAACACACUACAUUCUUUUGUUGUCUUUAUACGUGUGUCUGAUUGGCCUUUUGCCCAGCAACUGGAACAGAAGGAUUUUCUGGCACUCAGUGCAAUGGAGGCCAUCAGGAACCUUUUAUAAGCCAGCACUUUUUCUUACUUGCCAUCUUGAUUUGGAAUUUCCAAGAAAAAGAUUCUUCAUCUGCUUUGGAAGAUUUCAUCCCUGUGUUUUCUGCUAGAAGUGCAACCUUACACACAGGAUCAGGGUGAAGAGAAAUAUGGAUUGGAUUUGAACCGGUCAGUCUUAAUUAAGGGCACACCUCUCAUUUGGCUUCAUAUUUCAUCCUUUAGUUUUCUGCUGAGGUUAGUCUGUGGUGGACAUGUAACGUUAAAUGCCUCACUCCAUUCAGAUUGUGUUCAGAAGGCAAUUUUUUUUCAAAUGAGCUCAUUAACCAAUAUAUUUAUUAGUACUUCCUAGGGCCCAUCUCUCCUAUAUCUGUGGAAAGAGAGGGACUGAGCAAUCACUCCUGUUUGAGCCGCAUUCUUAUCACAAGCUAAAUGGAAGCAAACAAUUUGCAGUGACUUAAAUUUACUUUCAUUUAGUUUGACUCUAUAUUCCUGGUGAAUGGUGAUUGUUGCUAUCACAAGACUGAAUGCCCCCAGUCCCUACCCCUCAAAAGUUGCUGACAUUGAAUGGGAGAGGGAUUUUUUAAAUUAGCCAAGAAUUUUCUUUAAUAACUUGUCCUAUGAACCUGAGGCUCUUAGAGCUGGUAAAAGGUUCAUUUUUGUAAAUAAUACUGGUUUGGUAUAGUAAUGCUAGCCCUUGAAACUAAUUUAUAAACAGAAGAUUCGCUCUCUGCAUAUAGUUUGUACUGACUGAAAAUGUUUGGAAUAAAGCUGCCCUUGUGCCAUGCAUAUGAGAUCUUCUUCCCCUACUGCUUCUUCUACAUAUUAGCCUGGAGCAAAUGGAGUGAGUGCAACCUUUCCAGCUCUGACCCAGAUGUGAACCAAGCCACCUGAUGAUGAACUAACUAUGGCUAGAGCAGGGUUGAUUCAAGUGUCUCGAUGCCCACUGCCCCACCCCCAACUCCCUUGUGUUUGUUUAACUCCCUUGUUUGACUCAUUCAACUGUGAAAAUUAGGAAAAACAAGGCCCCAGAAUUGCACAUGUUUCUUUGCACUAUUGAACCAACAUUCCAUCCAAUUAAUAUCAAUAAACAUUUUUAAAAGCUUUU